AUGGACCAGCUGGGCGACGGCCGUCACCGGCUCAACCGGAACAAUUGGGAGGAUGGGGCAGAGCCGGGGCAGAGUCUGGUUCGGCUGUACCUGGGGCCACUGUGGGUCGGGGAUCACUCAAAGGCUCCUAACCCCAACAGCGUCGUGGACCUGGAGGGUGCCCACCCCCACGCCUCCAGCAGCCCCAGGCGAGAGCCAGAUGAUGGCGGGAUGGGGUUCUGCAGUGCCCCUGACUGGCGCGGCUCCUCUCUGCCCCUCACAGAGCACGUGCCCCCGGAGCUGUGGGAACCCUUUUACACCGACCAGUAUGCGCAGGAGCACGUGAAGCCCCCCGUCACGAGGCUGCUGCUCUCGGCCGAGCUCUACUGCAGAGCCUGGCGCCAGGCGCUGCCGCAGCUGGAGGCUCCCCCCGGCCCCUCGGCACUGCUGGCGCUGCUGACGCGGAAGGGCUCCGUGCCCGCCCUGCCCGAGCGCCCCGUGUGCGAAGCUGACCUGCGGCACCAGCCCAUCCUUAUGGGUGCCCACCUAGCUGUCAUUGACGCCCUCAUGGUUGCCUUCGCCUUUGAGUGGACGAAGACGCUGCCAGGCACCUUGGCUCUGGGCAGCUUGGAACACAAGCUCCUCCUCUGGGUGGACUCGACCGUCCGGCGCCUGCAGGAAAAGACGGAGCAGGACGCAGCCCAGCGCGCAUCACCGGCAGCCCCUGCUGACACGGUGGCCCCAGCACAGCCCUCGUGCCCCACACGCUGGUACUGGAAGCUGGUUCCUCACGCAAUUGCCUUCUGUUUGAAGGAGUCAGGGAGCAAACCCCCUAUGAUCCGGUACCGCAAGGACCGGGCUGUGGCCCGACGGGCUCCCUGCUUUCCCACGGUGACCGGCCUCCAGGACCUGGCCAGUGGGGCUGCACUGGCCGCCACCAUCCACUGCUACUGUCCCCAGCUCUUGCGACUAGAGGAGGUCUGCCUCAAGGACCCCAUGUCGGUGGCCGACAGCCUGUAUAACCUACAGCUUGUGCAAGAUUUCUGCGCUUCCCGCCUCCCCCGUGGCUGCCCGCUAUCCCUGGAGGACCUGCUCUACGUACCCCCGCCCCUCAAGGUCAACCUGGUGGUGCUGCUGGCCGAGAUGUUCACGUGCUUUGAGGUGCUGAGACCUGACUUUGUGCAGCCCGUAGCCCUGCCCGACGGGCACGCCACCUCACCCCGAGGCAUGGAGGCCUCCCCGCCUCAGAACCGCAGUGGUGGCAGUUCUCCCGUCUUCAAUUUCCGCCACCCACUCCUGUCACCCGGUGGCCCCCAGUCCCCACUCCGAGGAUCCACAGGCUCCCUGCAGUCCUCACCAUCCAUGUCCCAUAUGGAGGCCCUGGGCAAAGUCUGGAACCGCCAGCUCAGCCGUCCCCUUUCCCAGGCUGUGUCGUUCAGCACCCCCUUUGGCCUGGACAGCGACGUGGACGUCGUCAUGGGAGACCCUGUCCUGCUCCGCUCUGUCAGCUCGGACAGCCUGGGGCCGCCCCGCCCCGCGCAGCCCCCGCCGGAGCCCGGAGACCUGCCCACCAUCGAGGAGGCCCUGCAGAUCAUCCACAGCGCCGAGCCCCGGCUGCUCCCCGAUGGGGCAGCAGAUGGCAGCUUCUACCUCCACUCUCCUGAGGGGCCCUCGAAGCCGCUAAGCUCCUCCUACCCGUCGGAAGGGCUCCCCAAGGCCCCCAUCUAUUUGCCCCACCCCGAGAGCCCCUGCCCAGCCGGGGAGGUUUUAAAACCCCUGGCCCCCUCCGAGGGGUCCCCGAAGGCAGUGGCCUCGUCCCCUGCGGCCACCAACUCGGAAGUCAAGAUGACCAGCUUUGCUGAGCGCAAGAAGCAGCUGGUGAAGGCGGAGGCUGAGGCGGGUGGGGGCUCCCCAGCGACGCCCCCAGCGGCCCCCGAGGCCCUGAGCUCAGAGAUGAGCGAGCUGGGUGCCCGGCUGGAGGAGAAGCGGCGCGCCAUCGAGGCUCAGAAGCGGCGCAUCGAGGCCAUCUUCGCCAAGCACCGCCAGCGCCUGGGCAAGAGUGCCUUCCUGCAGGUGCAGCCCCGAGAGGCGGCCAGCCCUGCCCCUUCCACCGAGGACGCUACCGCUGGGGAGACUGACGUGGGCCCAGCCCCUGGUGGGGAGCGGCCGGCAGGCGAGGGUCAGGGCGAGCCCUCCCCUCGGCCCAAGGCCGUCACCUUCUCGCCAGAGCUGGGGGCAGCGCCCCCCGAGGGCCUGGGCGAGUACAACCGGGCGGUCAGCAAACUGAGCGCUGCGCUGAGCUCGCUGCAGCGGGACAUGCAGAGGCUCACGGACCAACAGCAGCGGCUUCUGGCGCCACACGAGGCCCCCGCACCUGCCUCGCCGCCCGCUGCCUGGGUCAUUCCCGGUCCCACGACAGGCCCCAAAGCCGCAUCCCCCAGCCCCACUCGUCGAGCCUCUGUCCCCCGUCGCAGCUCUGUGCCAGGCCCCAGCCCAGCACCCCGCAGCCCCAAACACGCUCGGCCAGCAGAGCUGCGGCUGGCGCCCCUGACGAGAGUGCUCACCCCUCCCAACGAUGUUGACAGCCUCCCCCACCUGCGCAAGUUCUCCCCCAGCCAGGUGCCCGUGCAGACACGGUCCUCCAUCCUCCUGGCUGAGGGCACACCACCCGAGCAGCCUGCCAGCCGGCCCGGCCUCAUUGAGAUCCCGCUGGGCAGCCUGGAAGGGCCUUCAGCAGAGGAUGAAGGAGAAGGGAGCCCCCCAGGGGCUGAGGACUCUCUGGAGGAAGAGGGGUCUUCGGAGGGAGAGCCCAGGACUGGACUGGGCUUCUUCUAUAAGGGGGAAGACAAGCCCGAGGACGAGAUGGCGCAGAAGCGGGCCAGCCUGCUGGAGCGGCAGCAGCGGCGGGCGGAGGAGGCUAGGCGGCGGAAGCAGUGGCAAGAGGCGGAGAAGGAGCAGCGGAAGGAGACGGCUGUCCGGCUAGCUCAGGAGGAGGCGGCGCCCCCGGCCCCCUUGGCGCCCGCAGCCCCCGCGUCCCGGGCCUCUGGCGAGGAGGAGGUGGGCGCCAGGCGAGGGGAGUUCACGAGGCUGGAGUAUGAGCGCCGCGCCCAGCUGAAGCUCAUGGACGAUUUGGACAAGGUGUUGCGGCCCUGGGCGGGGGCUGGACGGCCGAACCGAGGUGGGCGGCGAGCGCCCCGGCCUCGCUCGGGGUGCUGCGAUGACUCUGCCCUGGCCCGCAGCCCCGCCCGAGGCCUGCUGGGCUCCAGGCUCAGCAAGGUCUACUCCCAGUCUACCCUGUCACUGUCAACUGUGGCCAACGAGGUCCCCAAUAAUCUCGGCGUGAAAAGACACAUGUCUCGGGCUCCCUCCCCGUCUGGCCUCUUGUCCCCCAGUCGCCUCCCCGGCAGCCGCGAGCGAGACUGGGAGAACGGCAGCAACGCCUCAUCCCCGGCGUCAGUGCCCGAGUACACAGGCCCCAGGCUCUACAAGGAGCCCAGCGCGAAGUCCAACAAGUUCAUCAUCCACAACGCCCUGUCACACUGCUGCCUGGCGGGCAAGGUGAACGAGCCGCAGAAGAACCGAAUCCUCGAGGAGAUUGACAAGAGCAAGGCCAACCACUUCCUGAUCCUCUUCCGAGACUCCAGCUGCCAGUUCCGGGCGCUCUACACGUUGUCGGGGGAGACGGAGGAGCUGUCCAGGCUGACCGGCUAUGGCCCGAGGACCAUCACGCCGGCCAUGGUGGAGGGCAUCUACAAGUACAACUCGGACCGCAAGCGCUUCACGCAGAUCCCCGCCAAAACCAUGUCAAUGAGCGUGGACGCCUUCACCAUCCAGGGACACCUCUGGCAGAGCAAAAAGCCCACCACGCCCAAGAAGGGGGGCGGCACCCCCAAAUAGCCCCUUCCUGCCGGGGGACAGCUGGCAUUCCCGGGUCCUGCCUGUUUCCGGCCUUGUCUGCGUGGGGCUGGGGUCCCCACCCCCAGUCUAUGUUGUCCCGGGGCAGGGGGCUGAGCUGGGAGGUGCAGAGGCUCGGUGCUCAGCUCAGCCUCCCUCUGGCCUCCUUGAAUAAAAUAAUUUAAAGAGUA